CUUUAUUGGGCUUUUCCUAUCAACUUUUGUUGUUGUCUAUAUACUUGAUCAAUUUGCUAGUCGUCAAUUCCAUCGAACCUCAAUUCCAUCGAGCCUUGCUCGAGGAACGCCUAUGGUUGAUAGGCUUUUCCUGCGCAGCUUAGGUGGAAGGCGCGGGAAGAGGAUUGUAGCAUAGAAACAAGAAGGUCAGCGUUAGACGAAGGAAGUAGCAUCUAAUCUAAGAAAGAAAUAUUUGACAAAACAGAAGCAUUAUAAGCAUACAUAAAAUAGGAAGCCUACACACACCGUAGACCAGUGGGGAUAUCAUUCUUCUUCUUUUUUUUAUCUCGCAAGUAUUCCUAAGAAAAGGGAAUUUGUGAAUUUUUGAGGGUUUUAAAGGGGUCUAACUGGUUCAAACGCAGUGGUUACGGUUGCGGUGGCGAGAAUUUGCAGAAAUAAAUGAUUACGGUUUUUAUCGGUUUUAAGAGAUUUGUACGAUUGAUUAUGCGUUUAGAAAUUUGUGCGUUUGCGGGAUACUUAUGAUUGGUUAACUAUCAAAUGCACCAACGGUUGAAUAAUAAAUUAACAAUAUUUAUAUUUUAUAUAAUUAUAAAAAUAUUAAAAAUCAUAAUAUUAUAAUAAAUAUAUAAAUUAUAUUUGUUUUAAAUUUUUAAAUUUUAUAGAAAAUAUUUGAUUUAAAUUUUUAUAAUAUUAAUUAAAAUAUAAUGGAUAUAUUUUAAUAUUUUUAUAAUUUUAAUUUAAAAAUUUUAUCAAAAAUUUUAUUUUUGUAUUUAUAUUAUUUUUUAAAAAAGUUAUCUUUCCACAAAUGGUAGCUGGAACUAAUUUUUGAAUUUAAAAGUUUAGAAUAGUUUGAAGCAGUUUAAAGCCAUUUGAAUAAUUGUUGUAAAACACCAACAAUCGAUACCAACCGCAAAAGCUGCGUUUACAGAUGGUAAUGAAAAAAACAGUCAUGCUUUUAGUUGAUUACGUUUUUUUGGUUGAUAUAAAAUAGAAUUGGUUUGGCUUUGGAACUACUGCAGUUUUCGGUUUGGCCUGGCUUAAAAUUAAACCAAAACCGAAUCAGGGAGCCUGUGGUCAUGGAUCCAUGUGAUUCAGUUCCCUAUUUGUCUUGUCUUGUUCCCACAUCUCUGUGUGUUUUGUUUCCUCUGCCAGUGCCACGUCGUCUCUUCUGUCUCGCACACUAGUUUCUUUCUUCUCCAGGGACUUCCUCACCUCUGGAUUGCCAAAAUGUCAAUGAACCGAAACAAAGACAAGGUUGUCCUAACAAUAAAAGAUGAUAGUCCCUUUAGCUAUCUUCAAGAAGAUGUCUUGGUAGAGAUAUUAAACAGAGUUCCAAUAUCAGACUGGGAACAUAUCUCCUCCGUUAGAAAGCAGUGGGCUGAUUUGUUCCGUGGAGAAGGCUUAUGGCAAGCUGCUCUGAACCGGGCGUAUCCUCUUGCCAGCAAAACUCAGAGAUGGACUGGACCAAUACGCCAAGGAUCAAGCAAACGGAGAUUUAUGGCUUUAUACAUAAGCAAAAACAUAUUAGGUGUGGAGACAGACAUAGAUGAAAUGCUUGGACAUAUUUUCUUAUUCUUGAAAGAUCAGCUUCAGCUUUCAACUACUCCUGCUUCAGGCGUCCUGCACGGAACCAUGAUCGACCAAUUGAUUGUUAGUGGCAAAUCAAAAGAAGAAGCUGAUGAGCUCGUUACCAAAAUCUGGCUGGCUCUUCUCGACAAUAUAGAGGACACUAAACAUACCUUUCUUGUUCUGAAAUCCAUUGCACAAGAAUAUGAUGGGUUUCUUCCGUAUCCAUAUUCAAGACCGAUCAAAGUACAAUGGAAAGUGUUUGAGAAACUGUUUGUAGACUUCCGCGACUUGUUGUUUGAUCACUCAGAGUAUUGCGACUUAAUAGGAAUCGCCAAGAAGAAGUUUCCGACAUUACCUCAUCUUUGGUUAGCAACAAACCCCAACUUCUUCAAAAAAAUGAUUCUCACGAAAGUGAUAACGUCCCUCGCUCUCUUCGUCCUCUCUAUCUCACCGUCCUUGGCGCAGGCCAAAGACGGCGGACACGUGUCGUUACUCGUCUCCGAAACGGGUCUUGACUUAGCCAAAGACUUCCUCAUCCACAAGGUGAUAUCCACGACGCUUCCGCUUCAGCUACCUGAGAUCGAGAAGAAGGUUAAGAUCCCUUUGAUAGGGAAAGUACAGAUGGGUCUGACGAAUAUAAAGAUUUACGCGGUUGAUGUUCGGUCGUCGAGGGUCGAGACCGGAGGAGAUGGAAUCGUUUUGAGUGUUUCGGGGGCGACGGCAGAUGUGAGCAUGGACUGGUCGUAUGCUUAUAAAGCUUCCUUCUUUCAUAUUGCUGAUCAUGGAGUUGCUUCUGUUAAGGUUAAAGGAAUGGAUUUGAGAACCACUGUCAGUUUGGUUGGUGAAAAUGGAAGUCUGAAGAUUGCUUCAAGGGAUAGUGAUUGUAAAGUGAAGAGCAUUGGUAUUCAUAUCAAUGGUGGUGCUUCUUGGCUAUAUCAAGGGGUGGUUGAUGCGUUUGAGAAGAAGAUUAUUUCAACGGUUGAAGAGACAGUUUCUAAUAAGAUUUUGGAGAAGAUGAAGAAGCUUGAUGCUAAGUUGCAAUCACUUCCAAAAGAGGGAAAGAUUGAUGACAAUGUUGCAGUGAACCUCACUUUUACAGGAAGCCCAGUGUUGGAUGAUUCUUCUGUUGAAGUUGGAAUCAAUGGUUUGUUCAUGGCAAAUGGCGAUGGUGGUAAAAAAGUUUCAGGAUCUAUAUCUCCUUUCUUGACUCCCAGGGUUAAAAGAAUGGUGGGAAUUUCCAUAGAAGAAGAAGUUUUCAACUCUGCAACACUUGUCUACUUCAUUGCAAAGAGGAUGCAUGUGGAUAUCCAGGAAACGAAGAACGGGUCGGCUCUAAGCACAUCAGACUGGAAACUCAUACUUCCAGAGCUCUACAAACAAUAUCCAAAUGUUAAAAUGAUGCUUAACAUGACGGUAACGUCUCCGCCUGCUGUUAACAUCACAAAGAAUGGCAUUGAUGCAAUCAUUGAUCUAGAGAUAUCAAUCGAUGUCCAAAACUCUGGAGCUGUCCUGUCCGUAGCACGCAUAUCAGUGGUUCUGGAUGUUGGAGGUACUGCAGAAAUAGCAGCGAACAAUUUAGCAGGUAGCCUCAGAUUAAAAGGUUUCAAUGCGACGAUGACGUGGAGUAAACUUGGAGAUCUUCAAGCAAACUAUAUUCAGGAUGUGGUGUCGACGAUUCUUGAAUCCUUGUUUCUGCCGUACGUAAACACACGCCUUAUGAGAGGUUUCCCUUUGCCGUUUACGCACGGUUUCAAGAUCAAAAACACAGAGAUUGUCUAUGUUGAAAAUGGCGUAAUGGUCUGCAGUGAUGUCGCAUUUGGUUAGAUAUGAACGGCCUCUCAAGUUUAUUGAUACUUGUGAAGCUGUUGCUAUUUCUGUAUAAAGCUGCGUUGUAAAUUUGUAAGACUUAGCCUGUAUAUAUCAUAUCUCUCAGGUACUUGUUUGAAUUACCUAUGUUCUUUGUUACAUACAUGUUAAAACAACAUUUAUACAUUUUAUACAGCUUGUAGAUAAAAAAUACAAUCUAUAUAUAGUUUAUACUGUUUGUGUA